AUGGGAGCAAAGCAUUUCUUCUCCACAUUCUUCCGGAAAGGUGCCUUCCCCUUUCCCACAAGCCGGAAAUACCAGCCGGUGGGCAGUAGGGAGCCUGAAGAAGAGCCUGAAGAAGAAACUGAACCAAAGUCAGUGGAACAGGAGAAAGGCGUAAUGGCCCUCCCACCCAAAGAGGCUUGCAAAUGCCACGCAGAUGAGCUGGCAAAAAUGCUGCAGGUGGAUAUACAAAAGGGACUUUCUGAAGUGUCAGUGCUGCAUCGGAGGAUCAAGCACGGCUGGAAUGAACUUGUAAUAGACAAUACCGAGCCAGUAUGGAAGAAAUAUCUAGACCAGUUUAAGAACCCAUUGAUCCUUUUGCUGCUGGCCUCUGCUUUAGUAAGUGUAAUAACGAAAGAAUACGAAGACGCCGUGAGUAUUGCAAUGGCUGUCAUCAUCGUGGUGACUGUGGCCUUCAUCCAGGAGCACCGCUCUGAAAAAUCUCUGGAGGAACUGAACAAGUUAGUCCCCCCAGAGUGUAAUUGUAUGAGGGAGGGGAAACUACAACACCUUCUCGCUCGAGAGCUUGUGCCUGGAGAUAUCGUGUGCCUUUUUAUGGGAGACAGAGUGCCUGCAGACAUCAGGCUCACAGAGGUUACAGACCUCUUAGUGGAUGAGUCUAGUUUCACGGGAGAAGCGGAGCCCUGCAGCAAGAACAACUGCAUCUUAGCAGAAGCUGGAGACCUGAUGACCCUCACCAAUGUUGCAUUCAUGGGGACCCUCGUGCGAUACGGCAAGGGGAAAGGCAUUGUCAUUGGAACAGGUGAAAACUCACAGUUUGGGGAGGUCUUCAGAAUGAUGCAAGAGGAAGAGACCCCCAAGACUCCGCUGCAGAAAAACAUGGAUAAAUUGGGGAAACAGCUUACUCUAGUUUCUUUUGGCAUCAUUGGUUUACUUAUGCUGAUUGGUUGGCUGCAGGGAAAACACCUCCUUGGCAUGUUCACCAUUGGAGUCAGCUUAGCAGUGGCGGCUAUCCCAGAGGGCCUCCCCAUCGUGGUCACGGUGACCUUAGUACUGGGCGUCUUGAGAAUGGCCAAGAAACGAGUCAUUGUGAAGAAGCUGCCGAUUGUAGAAACUCUAGGCUGUUGCAAUGUUAUCUGUUCUGAUAAGACUGGGACCUUGACAGCCAACGAGAUGACCGUCACUCAGCUUGUCACCUCAGAUGGAUUCAAAGCAGAGGUGACUGGGGUUGGCUAUAAUGGAGAAGGAAACGUCUGCCUCUUACCCUCCAGAGAAGUCAUCAAAGAAUUUUCAAAUAUCUCUGUGGGAAAAUUAGUGGAGGCUGGCUGUGUUGCCAAUAAUGCAAUCAUCAGGAAGACGACUGUAAUGGGACAGCCAACUGAAGGGGCCUUGAUAGCCCUCGCCAUGAAGAUGGAACUGAGUGAUAUAAAAGACAUUUACAUAAGGAAGAAGGAGAUUCCAUUUAGCUCAGAGCAGAAAUGGAUGGCAGUCAAAUGCUCUCUGAAAGAUCAGGAGCAGGAAGAAGUCUACUUUAUGAAGGGGGCCUUUGAAGAGGUGAUGCAGCAUUGCACUAUGUUUAACAGCGGUGGCAUCUCCCUUCCACUGACACCACAACAGAAGGCUGUCUAUGUUCAGGAAGAGAAGCACAUGGGAUCACUCGGCCUACGGGUACUUGCCCUGGCUUCUGGUCUAGAGCUUGGCAGACUGACAUUUUUAGGUCUCAUUGGAAUCAUUGACCCCCCAAGGCAUGGAGUGAAGGAAGCUGUUCAAGUCCUCACCGAGUCGGGUGUUUCCGUGAAAAUGAUAACCGGAGAUGCCUUGGAAACUGCCCUCGCCAUUGGACAGAACAUCGGCCUCCGCAAUGGGAGAAUGAAAGCCAUGUCUGGGGAGGAACUGGAGAACAUCACCGAGUCGGCGCUAUCAUCCACCGUCCAAAGUGUUUCCAUCUUCUUCCGAACAAGUCCAAAACACAAACUUAAAAUCAUAAAGGCUUUGCAACAGACUGGCGCCAUUGUGGGGAUGACCGGAGAUGGGGUGAAUGAUGCAGUGGCUCUGAAAUCUGCUGAUAUUGGGGUUGCAAUGGGACGGGCAGGCACAGAUGUCAGCAAGGAGGCUGCAAACAUGAUCCUUGUGGAUGACGACUUCUCAACUAUCAUGAAUGCAAUCGAGGAGGGGAAAGGGAUAUUUUACAACAUUAAAAAUUUUGUUCGGUUUCAGCUCAGCACGAGCAUCUCGGCGCUGAGCUUGAUUGCUCUGUCGACAGUUUUCAAUUUGCCAAAUCCCCUCAAUGCUAUGCAGAUCUUAUGGAUCAAUAUUAUAAUGGAUGGGCCCCCGGCUCAAAGUUUGGGUGUCGAACCGGUGGACAAAGAUGCCAUCAAGCAACCUCCAAGGAGCAUCACAGACAUGAUUCUCAGCAGGUCCCUGAUUCUGAAGAUCUUCCUGUCGGCCACCGUUAUCAUCAGUGGAACCAUGUUUGUCUUUUGGAAAGAAAUUCCAGAAAGUGGCAUAACACCACGGACCACAACGAUGACUUUCACUUGCUUUGUGUUCUUUGACCUCUUCAACGCCCUGACCUGUCGCUCCCAGACAAAACUGAUAUUGGAAAUUGGUCUUUUCCGAAACCGCAUGUUCCUGUAUUCUGUCCUGGGGUCUAUUUUGGGCCAGAUGGCUGUAAUCUACAUCCCUCCACUACAGAAGAUCUUCCAGACGGAGAAUUUAGGAGCACUAGACUUGUUGUUCCUCACUGCCCUGGCGUCUUCUGUUUUCAUACUAUCGGAACUGAUCAAAGUGUGCGAGAAAUAUUGCUGCGGCCCAUCAAAGAUGGGCCACAGUGUCCAGCUAGGAGCUGUGUGACGAAGAGAACUUGGCUUCCGCUCCAGGUGGAACGCUGUUUGAAUGGAGCGAACUGCGAGAAACUGGAAUUCACGUGGAACAGUUGGAUCUCCUUUUUGUACUUCUUUGAAAAUUUCCAACCAGGUAGAUCAGAGCGCUAUCGUUGACUGACCAGAUCGCUUCCACAUCGUCAUCCAGUCCAUUAUAGCUUAUCAGAAGGGCUGGGCUGCUCCCAGUUAUCUUUCAUCUUGCAAUAGUGUCUUCUACAGGGCCAGCAAAUAGCACAGAAGGACCAAAGCAAAAAAUCACUG